AUGACUAAUUUUGGUCGAAUGGGGCUAAGACCUGAAUUUGUAGAAGGUGUCAUUGGUUUUGUGGAGUAUGCAAAGACAUUAGAUCCUUUUCAACGUAGUGGUAUGAUUAAGUAUCCUUGUAAUAAAUGUCAAUGUUUGAAUUAUGAAAAAGCAGAUGCUGUUGAGCUUCAUAUCUAUCGAAAUGGGUUUAAAAAAGAAGACACUGUGUGGACUAGUCAUGGAGAAAUUGAUAAUAACUUUGAUGUAUUCCAACAUUAUGUUCCUGGUGAAAGUAGUAGCAAUGUGAAUUCUAAUGCACAAAGUUAUAGAAUUGAUGACAUGGUUCAAGAUUCUUUUGGUGUGCAUUCUGAUUUUGAUUUUGCUAAUCAAGGUGAAGAAGCUCCUAAUGUUGAAUGUAAAAUUUUCUUUGAACAAUUGGAAUCUGCUAGUCGGCCUUUAUAUGAGGGGAGUCCACACUCACAGUUGUCUAUUGCGGUUAGAUUAUUAAGUAUCAAAUCAGAUUGGAAUGUUCCUCAAGGGGCAAUGGACUCUGUGAUUGACCUUAUUCAUGAUUUAGUUGACCCAAAUCUAGAGAUACCUGAUAAUUUCUAUAAGGCAAAGAGGUUGGUAUCAAAGUUAGGAAUGUCAUCGAUGAGAAUUCAUUGUUGUGAAAAUGGUUGCAUGUUUUACUAUAAGGAUGAUAUUGAUCUAGAAUCGUGUAAGUUUUGUGGAAAAUGUCGUUAUGAACAGACAUCUAGUGGGAAGAAAGUUCCUAUUAAGGCAAUGCAUUACUUACCUCUUAUACCAAGGUUAAAGAGGUUGUAUGCGUCUAAUAGAUCUGCUCCUCAUAUGAGAUGGCACCAUGAACAUAGAAGACCACCUGGAGUUAUGUGUCAUCCAUCCGAUGGAGAGGCUUGGAAGCAUUUUGAUAGAACAUAUCCACAAUUUGCAUCUGAACCACGUACCAUUAGAUUGGGUUUAUGUUCAGAUGGAUUCACGCCACAUUCUGUUUCUGCUGCACCAUAUUCUUGUUGA